CACACAGAAGCGGCAGAUUUUUAGGAGGAAGGAGAAGAGCAUAAUAACAGUGGAACGUGUUCGAGGAUUAUUUCGAAUUUAAAUAAUUUAUAUGUAGACGAUUAUUAUUUGACAUGGGGAAAGAGGGUUUUCUAAGCCCAAAGGCGAUCGGGAAUAGGAUCAAAGCAAAAGGUCUUCAAAAAUUGCGAUGGUAUUGUCAAAUGUGCCAGAAACAAUGUCGAGACGAGAAUGGCUUCAAAUGCCACUGCAUGUCCGAGUCCCACCAGAGACAGCUGCUGCUGGCCUCGGAGGACCCCAACAAGAUCAUGGACAACUUCUCACAGGAGUUCAAGAAUGACUUUAUUGAGCUGAUCAGAAGACGCUUUGGAACCAAGCGAGUACAAAACAACAUUGUCUAUAACGAGUACAUCAAUGACAGAGAGCAUGUCCAUAUGAAUUCCACCCAGUGGGAGACUCUCACUGAAUUCACCAAGUGGCUGGGGAAAGAGGGUUUCUGUAAGGUGGACGAGACGCCCAAAGGCUGGUACAUCCAGUACAUCGACCGCGACCCAGAGACCAUCCGGAGGCAGGAGGAGCUGGAGAGGAAGAAGAAGCAGGACCUUGAUGACCAAGAGCGCAGUGCCAAGUUCAUAGAGGAGCAGGUCCGCCGGGGCCAAGGAGGCAGGGAGCCAGAGGAAGCACCGGUUUUCACUGAGUUGAAACGAGAAAGUGAAGAAGAGAAAAUUACCUUCAAUCUGGCCAAGGGCUCCUGUUCCUCUGCGGAUGGCCCAUCUAAAGCCAGUGUGGCCCUGGGUCCCAGUGCCCUGAAGGCAGCAGGUUCAGGGAAAAGGAAAGAUGCGCCCUCCACCUCAGAAGCCAAAGAGAAGAAGAAGAAGUCAGCCCUGGAUGAGAUCAUGGAGAUGGAGGAGCAGAAGAAGAGGUCUGUGAGAGCGGACCACUGGCUGCACCCCGGCAUCGUAAUCAAAGUUGUUACCAAGAGACUGGGGGAGAAAUACCACAAGAAGAAAGGAGUUGUCAAGGAGGUGCAGGAUAAAUACACGGCCGUAGUGAAGAUGAUUGACUCAGGGGACAAACUGAAACUAGACCAGAGUCACCUGGAGACAGUCAUCCCUGCACCAGGUAAACGGGUCCUGGUUCUGAACGGUGUGUACAGAGACACAGAGGCCCUACUGGACUCCAUAGACGAGAGAAAGUUCAGUGCCACGCUCACACUUGACUCGGGUCGGAUGAAAGGGAGGAGGGUGGACGGGAUCGCCUACGAGGAUUUCUCCAAAAUGGCCUGAUCUAUCAGGACCUCCGUUACAUGACAGCGUAACCCAAUAACGCCUACCUUUUCCGCUGAGAGGCCCAUCAGCUGAGAGACUCUACUGUGUCAGAGUUACUUUCUGUAAAUAUCCCGGAAUGCAUUUUCUAUGGAGGUAUCACUUCCUGAGUUAGCCGAGUAAUGAGUAGGGGGGAAAUUUUUAUUUUUAUUUUGUAUUGUUAUUUAAAUGGUUCUCUACAAAUACAUUUUAAUGUUGUAAUAUUACUUAUUGAAUAAAGUACAACACAAUUGACCUAUGUA